AGCAACCAUGCUCAUCCACCGGUACUCCGUGGAGAGAUCUGACUCAAAGAGAAUCAUAGCCCCUCAAUCUAAAUUAAAGAGUACUCAGUACUUACUCAGUACCAACUACCAAAACAAUAGGUUUCUAGUGGCUUGCUUGCUUGCUUGCUUGCUAGUGCAACUUUUGGCAUGCCCCCAUCGAACCCAGACAUGGCUACUGGAAACUAUUGCCGGUCCAUUGCCAUUUCCCGUGGAGCUGCUUGAUCUUGCGACCGGCCCGGGUACGUAAUAUUUAGCACCGUUGAACUUGGCUCUCCCACUCUAGCUUUGAGGAAGGGAACAGUCUUCUGCGAACUGCACUGCACGGCGAGGCUAGGGGAAGCUGAGCUGACUUCCAGCAGAUGGCGCUAAAAAUGUUCCUUGAGGGAUCAACUGAAAGUA